ACGUAUUUAGCACAAGCAUUGCAAAAGUUGCGAAUCCAAUCCAAACAACAGAAAGAGAAAUGGAAGAAAACGAGUCCGAGUGGGGCGAGUUGACUCGCGAAUGUCUCAUCAACAUCCUAUCUCGACUCACCUUCGAGGAUCAAUGGCGCGGUGCGAUGCUUGUUUGCAAAUCAUGGUUCGCCGCUCUCCAGGAACCCUCUCUUCACUCCGAAUUCAACCUCGAACCUUACUUCGACUCGCCAUCCGAGUCACCUCGCUGGUGGACCCUCCAAUUCGAGUUUAAGAUCGAUUCCAUGCUUCUAUCUAUCGUUCGAUCGACUCAUCAAUUCCUCACACAGAUUCGCAUUCGACACUGCUCUGAUCGCUCCCUCAAUCUCGUUGCCCAAAGAUGUCCAAAUCUUGAGGUGUUGUCAAUCAGAAGCUGCCCUCGUGUUACUGAUGAUUCAAUCUCUAAGAUUGCUACUGGGUGUCCAAAUUUAAGGGAAUUGGACAUCAGCUAUUGUUAUGAGAUAACUCAUGAGUCAAUUGAGUUGAUUGGAAGAAAUUGCUCCAACCUUAAGGUUCUUAAGAGAAAUCUCAUGAAUUGGCUUGAUCCUUCCCAACACAUAGGGAUUGUUCCCGAUGAUUACCUAAAUGCUUGUCCGCAAGAUGGAGAUUCUGAAGCUGCUGCUAUUGCUAAUUAUAUGCCUCAUCUAGAGUGGCUCGAGAUUAGAUUCUCCAAGUUAACUGUUAAAGGCCUCAACUCGAUAUGUCAAGGGUGUCCUAACCUUGAAUACUUGGAUUUGUCGGGCUGUGCUAACUUAACUAGCCGAGACAUUGCAAAUGCAUCGUCAAGUUUGUCGCACUUGAAAGACAUUAAAAAACCAAAUUUCUACAUACCAAGAUCUGUCUAUCACACUGAAAGAUAUGGACAUUGGAGACUAUAUGAUGAAAGAUUUCAAACAGAUGUUUUCCGAAUCUGAACAUUGUUAAGAAGAUUAUCCAAGAUGUAAACUGUAGUUGUUGAACUAUUUGCUAGUAUCAUUGAGAUGUGUUGUGAUUCUAAAGUUUAAGAUCGAGGCAUGGCUGUCAAACUCCAAAGUUAACUCAGAGAAUUGGACAAGAUCGCGACUUGCUUAUGAAAUCAUUUUGGGUUAAACUCAGGUAUAUUCAUAGAAAAGCGAGUUCUAAAUUGAUUGAAUGAAUAUACGAUAUAGUGUAUCAUAUUUGAAACAUGAUGCUAUGCUUGUGCAUUAUUGGUCUGGUUUGCUUUGGUUUGGCCUGGAGCUAUGAACCCUGUUUAAUUUAUCGGUUGCUUACAAAUAUUUAAUCAUGUUAUUGCAGUUUGGUUUA